CAGGGAUCGUAACUGAAGAGCGCUGCUGGCCGGAUGUCAUUUGUCCCAUUCCUAUCAGACGACAAUGACCGAGACGACGGAGCUGGAUUCGGCUGCCAAUGCCGAUGGAGCUGCGACUGCCACUGCCGCCGCAGCCCCCACUUCGGUACGAGCCAUCGAAGGUUUUUUCGCUCCGAAACCCCCUGCCAAUAGUUCAGAGUCCGUGUCGCUCUUCAAGCGCUUCCAGCUCGAACCUCCGUCCUGGGACGAGUUCCAACGGAAAAUCGCCCAACUAGAGAAACCCGACGCAGAAAGCGCGAAUGUCCCAAGAAGAGUGAAGGUCGUGUACUUUGUGCGCCACGCGGAGGGCAUCCAUAAUGCCACGGCGAACGAAGUCGGAGCCGAACUCUGGGAAUCCGAUCUCGCUUUUCGAGAGAAAUAUUUGGACGCAGAUCUCACGCCAUUCGGUAUCAAUGACGCACAGAGCAAAGGACCGAGUAGUGUGAAGGCAGAGCUGGAGAGAGGCAUGCCACCGAUUGAGCGGGUGGCGGUGUCGCCGCUCUCCCGGGCGAUUCAAACAGCUCAAAACUUUUUUGCCAAAGACCAGAUACCGGACACGCCGUUCGUCUGCAUCGAAAGCUGCCGCGAAAUUCUUGGCUGUCACACAUGCGAUAAAAGGCGUUCAAUCUCAGAGCUGAAGCUCAAGUUCCCAGGCGUGGACUUUACAGCCAUUAAAGACGACAACGACUUGCUCUGGACAACGACGCAUCGCGAGACGGACGAGGAGAUGCAGGCUCGAGCAAAGGAGUUCUUACUGGAGCUUUUCCGUGAGAUACCUGAACGGAAUGUCGUUGUAGUGACACACUCGGGCUUUAUGGAAUCGGUCUGCGCUGUCGUCUUGGGCAUCCGAAUCCAUCCUGCCAAUUGCGAAGUCAUCCCUUUCGUCUUGGAGGCAGUUUAAAGGUGAGAAAUGCAACUUCGUCGCCGUUGUUGCUAAGUAUCGUUGAAGGACGCAGAUCUUUUUUUUUCAACCAACAAUCAAAAAAAAAAAAUUGACAAAUGCAACUUGUUGAAGUUGUUUCAAAUUUUGCAUCGAGUAGAAAUAUAAAGCCGUGACACGGAGC